AUGGCCGAAGGAGACAAGAGCAGCAACCCCAUGCGGGAGCUCCGCAUUCAAAAGCUCGUCCUUAACAUCUCCGUCGGAGAGUCUGGUGACAGACUUACCCGUGCUGCCAAGGUGUUGGAGCAACUGAGUGGUCAAACUCCAGUCUACAGCAAGGCCAGAUACACCGUCCGAACCUUCGGUAUCCGUCGUAACGAAAAGAUUGCUGUCCACGUUACCGUCCGUGGCCCCAAGGCCGAGGAAAUCUUGGAGCGUGGAUUGAAGGUCAAGGAAUAUGAGCUGCGCAAGCGCAACUUCUCCGAGACUGGCAACUUCGGUUUCGGUAUCAGCGAGCACAUCGAUCUCGGUAUCAAGUACGACCCGGCGAUUGGUAUCUACGGAAUGGAUUUCUACUGCUGCAUGACCCGACCUGGUGAGCGUGUUGCCAAGCGCCGCCGAUGCAAGAGCCGUGUGGGUACAUCUCACAAGAUCAAGCGUGAGGAGACCAUCAAAUGGUUCAAGAGCCGCUUCGAGGGUAUCGUCCGAUAA